AAUUCUAGAGAGGCGGGGUAGGUAGGGGAGGGGGAGGGCUCACCUUCCGGAAAGUUUGGCUUCCCGGACGACCAGAGUCGCCGCUAACCCAGCUACCACUUGUGAGAUGACCGAAGAAAGUCGGCUACCCUUUUUACUCACCGGAGAUCCUCAGACGGAAACCGGAGCUGUCUUCAGGUUGAAUUCAGGAUUCGCAGGAGGCCUAUGGAUGGCAGGGUGGCUGGCGGGCGCAUGCGUGGCAGGACCUCUCCACGUGCAGCGGGACCCCGCCCCUAGCCCCGCCCCUGUCGUAGCAUCUCUCAGGACGCGCGGAACCGGAGAGAUGCGAGGAGGCUGGACUUGGAGGCCGACCCCGCCUCUGGAGCCUCGGAUUGGCCUAGGGUGGCGGCGCCUCCGCCCACCUCCCCGCUAUUGGUGCGCAUGUGAGAGCGACGUGUCCUAUUGGGCCGCAUGGAUUUGGGCACCAAAUUCAAAGAUUUUAAAAGUACCAGCUGGCGCCUUUUAGAUGACACAGCUUUAUGAAGAGAGCGGCGGGUGCUGUUGCUGCUCGAGCUGCUCCCUCACCUGAGGCCGAGGCCACCUCCGCUGGCAUGAACCGGAGUCCCUGCAGCUGCUGCUCAAGUCCACUCUCGUGCUCCUGCCGCUGCAGUCCCCUGACAGCUACCAGGCACCCGCGCCCCUCGGAUAGUUAUAAAGAAGAAAAUACCACUCUUUCUGUCAAAAUGAAGUGUGAUUUUAAUUGUGAUCAUGUUCAUUCUGGACUUAAACUGGUAAAACCUGAUGAUGGUGGAAGGCUGGGCUCCUGCACUCCUGCAUAUUUGGAAGGUUCUUGUAAAGACUGCACUAAAGACUAUGAAAGGUUAUCAUAUAUUGGAUCACCCAUUGUGAACCCCACAACUGUAGAACUUGAAACUGAAAGCAUGCCUUUGCAUAACAAGGAAAAUCAACAUGUACAGCAUAUACUUGAUAGGUCAAAUGAAAUAGAAGAACUGGACACCAGUAGAUUUUAUGAAGACAGUGGCUAUUCCUCAUUUUCUCAGCAAAGUGGCCUCAACGAACAUGAAGAGGGUAGUCUUCUGGGGGAAAAUACCAGUGACAGUCUACAGUCCUGCCUGCUACAGACACAAAGCCCAGACCAGUAUCCCAACAAAAGUUUACUGCCAGUUCUUCAUUUUGAAAGAGUCGUUUGUUCAACACUGAAAAAGAAUGUCAAACGAAAUCCUAAAGUAGAUCGAGAGAUACUAAAGAAAAUUUUAUCCAGUGGGAAUUUUGGACUACAAAAUAUAAUUGGCAGGAAAAUGGGCCUAGAGUGUGUAGAUAUUCUCAGCGAACUCUUUCGAAGAGGACUGAAACUUCUCCUAGCAGAUAUUUUAGCACAGCUUAGUGAUAUGGACUUAAUCAGUGUGGCUAAAGUGAGUACAACUUGGAAGAAGAUUCUCGAAGAUGAUAAGGACGCUUUCCAAUUGUACAAUAAAGCCAUGCAGAGGGUCUCUGUUGCUAAGACUUUGAAAAAUAGUGAAAGCCUCAAAGCCUGUGUUCGCUGUAAUUCACCGGCAAAAUAUGAUGGCUAUUUACAGCGGGCCACCUGCAAACGAGAAAGCUGUGGAUUUGAUUAUUGUACAAGGUGUCUUUGUGACUAUCACACCACCAAAAACUGUUCAAGUAGCAAUCCUCUAAGAGCCAGUUUUAAAACGGGACCUCUGCCUGGUACUAAAAAAAGCAAAAAGAAUUUACGAAGAUUAUGAUCUCUUAUUAUAACUGACCCAUGGAGGUUAGUUAGAAGAUGUUAGCUUUUAAUUUAUGAAAAUAAAUGUAUUGUGAUUUUCAGUUUUAUAUUGAAAUUGAUGUAGGAUGUGGAGCUUUUUCCCCAGUGAAUAAAGAGGACACACAACCUCUUGAAACAUUUUAUAAUUUAAUGUGAAGAAAUUUAAAAUUUUCACAACAGGUCAGAAAAUUUAAUAUUUUAAGAAAGGAAAACUAGUUAGGCAGUUAUCUGAUAUUUAUGAUUCUGAGAGUAAAAUAAAAUUGAUUCCAUAUUAUGGUAAAGGAAGGCCAUAUAAUUUUAUCUGAACAGUCUUAAAUGUUGACUACAUUGAGACAUUUUAUUUGCCUUACCACAUUAAUACCAAUUGAAAUAUCAACUUCUGGAGUCUGUUAAUUUAAAUGUUUUGUCACCUCUCUUAAAUCUCUUUUUCAGUGUGUGUGUUUCCCAAAAAAAGCCUUUGUAAUAUCUUCCUUGUUUUCCUUAUUUCUGAAGUCUGUUUUAAUCUCUUUGUACAUAUGUAAGUAUUUCUAUAUUUUUAUAUGUGAAAGUAUGAAUAAAAUCUGUCUUAUAUAUACAUGUAAAUAUAAACUUUGCUGCUGUUAUUAAUAAAAUUAUUACAAGCUUAAUAAAUAAUGUGUACCUUUUAUUUUGAUAAACAUCUUAAUCCUGGAAAGAGCUGAAUUAAAAAGGUUUGAGUGCUCAGCUGCUAACCAAAACGUUGGCCAUUCAAACCUACACAACAGCUCCACAGGAGAAAGAUCUGGUGAUCUCUGUCUGUAAAGAUUAAUCAAAAAGAAAACCCCAUUGCCAUCCAGUCAAUUCUGACUCCGUGACCCUAUAGGACAGUGUAGAACAGACCCACAGGGUUUCCAAAGCUGACAUCGUUACAGAAGCAGACUGCCACAUCUUCCUGAGAGAGGCUGGUGGGUUGAACUGCUGACCUUUCAGUUAGCAGAGAGCUUUGCCACUGUACUACCAGGGCUCCUGUGAAGGUUACAGCCUAGGAAACCAUAUGGGGUUGUUCUGCUCUUGUCACGUGUGGUUGCUAUGAGUCAAAAAUUGACUCGAUAGCUCCUAAAAAAAAUAGACUGCAUUUGUAUCUGGGAGGACAUUGAGUGGAUCUAUUCGGCUACUUGUGAGAUUCCCAGGAUCCUCUGAGUAUGUUUUGUCUAUUCUGAAUACCUUAAUUCAGUAAUUGUAGAAUUGGGUCUUGAAAUAAACACUACAAGGUAAUUCAAUACAGUAGAAUCACAAAACAAUUUGAGAAUUACUGAUACAUAUUAAUCCAUCACUAAGUGAGUUAGACUGUAUGACUUUGUUGUUAGGUGCCAUUGAGUCAAUUCCUACUCAGUGACCCUACAUACAACAGAAUAAGACACUGUCAGGUCCUGUGCCAUCACAAUCGUUGCUAUGUUUGAGCCCAUGGUUGCAGCCACUGUGUCAGUCCAUUUCCUUGAGGAUCUUUUUCUUUUUCACUAAUCCUCUACUUUUGCCAGGCAUGAUGUCCGCCAGGGAUUGGUCUCCUGAUGACAUCCAAAGUACAUCAGACAAAGUCAUCCUCGCUUCUAAGGAUCAUUCUGGCUAUACUUCUUCCAAGACAGACUUGUUCAUUCUUCAGGCAGUCCAUGGCACAUUCAGUAUUCUUCACCAACACCAUAAUUCAAAGGAGUCAAUUCUUCACCCUUCCUUACUCUUUGCAUGGAUUUCUGAUGCAUAUGAGGCAAUUGAAAAUACCACGGCUUCGGUAAGGCCCACUUAAGUCCUCGGAGUGACACCUUUGCUUUUAGGUCUCUUGCAGCAGAUUUGCCCAAUGCAGUACAUCCUUUCAUUUCUUGACUGCAGCCUCCAUGGGUGUUGAUUGUGAAUCCAAGUAGAAUGAUAACCCUUGACAACUUCAAUCUUUUCUCCUUUUAUCGUGAUGUUGCUUAUUGGUCCAGUUGUGAGGAUUUUUGUUUUCUUUAUGUUGAGGUGUAGUCUAUACUGAAGGUUAUGGUUUUUGGUCUUCAUCAGUAAGUAUUUCAAGUCCUCGUCACUUCCAGCAAUCAAGUUUAUGACAUCUGGGUGUUAGGUGCCGUCGAGUUGGUGCCGACUCAUUAGCGAUGCUAUGUACAACAGAAAGAAAUUCUGUACUGGCCGGUCCUGCACCAUCCUCACAGUCAUUAUGCUUGAGCCCACUGUUGCAGCCACUGUGUCAGUCCAUCUCGUUGAGGGUCGUCCUCUUUUUCACUGACCCUCUGCCAAGCAUAAUGUCCUUUUCCAAGGACUGAUCCCUCCUAACAACAAGUCCAAAGUAUGUAAGACAUAGUCUUGCCAUGCUUGCUUACAAGGAACAUUCUGGCUAUAUUCCUUCCAGGACAGAUUUGUUCAUUCUUUUGGCAGUUCAUGGCAUACUCAAUGUUCUUCCCCAACAUCAUAAUUCAAAGACGUCAUUCUUCUUUGGGCUAGCUUUCACAUGCAUAUGAGGUGACUGAAAACACCAUAGGUCAGGCACAACUUAGUGCAGAAGGUAACAUCUUUGCUUUUUAACAUUUUAAAGAGGUAUUCUGAUGCAGAUUUGCCCAAUGCAAUGCAUCCUUUGAUUUCUUGACUGUGCUUCCAUGGAUGUUAAUUGUGAAUCCAAGUAAAAUGAAAUCCUUGACAACUACAAUCAUUUCUCCAUUUAUCAUGAUGUUGCUUAUUGUUCCAGUUGCAAGAAUUUUUGUUUUCUUUAUGUUGAGGUGUAAUCCAUACUGAAGACUGGUCUUUGAUCUUCAGUGUUUCAACUCCUCUUCACUUUAAGCAAGCAAAGUUACGUUGACUGCAUAACAGGUUGUUAAUGAGUCUUCCUCCAACCCUGAUGCCUCGUUCUUCAUAUAGUCCAGCUUCUCAGAUUAUUUGCUCAGCAUACAGAUUGAAUAAGUAUAGUGAAAGGAUACAACCCUCACACACACCUUUACUGACUUUAAACCAUGCAGCAUCCCCUUGGUUCUAGUCGAACUGACUGCCUCUUGAUCUAUGUACAGUUUCCUCAUGAGCACAAUUAAGUGUUCUGGAAUACCCAUUCUUUGAAAUACUAUCCAUAAUUUGCUAUGAUCCACAAAGCUGAAUGCCUUUGCAUAGUUGAUAAAACACAGGUAAACGUCUUCCUGGUAUUCUCUGCUUUUCAGCCAGGAUCCAUCUGACAUGUGCACCAUCCCUGGCUCCACAUAAUAAUCUGAAUCCACCUUGAAUUUCUAGCAGUUCCCUGUCGGUAUCCUGCUGCAGCGGCUUUUGAAUGAUCUUCAGCAAAAUUUUACUUUCCUGUGAUAUUGAUGAUAUUGUUCUAUAAUUUCCACAUUCGGUGGGAUCACCUUUCUUUGGAAUAGGAAUAAAUAUGGAUCUCUUCCAUUCAGCUGGCCAGUUAGCUGUCUUCCAAAUUUCUUCGUAUAGAUGAGUGAUCACUUCCAGCGUUGCAUCUGUUUGUUGAAACAUCUCAACUGAUAUUCAGACAAUUCCUGGAGACUUGUUGUUCACCAAUUCCUGCAGUGCAGCUUGGACUUCCUCCUUCAGUACUAUUGGUUCCUGAUCAUAUACUACCUCCUGAAAUGGUUGAAGGUUGACCAAGUCUUUUUGGUGUUGUCACUGUAUUUCUUCUGCCUUCUUUUUUUU